AUGAAACCAUAUCUAACACUAAAAGAUCGAAUAUCACAAGCUUGGUUAAACAAAUACACCAUUUUAUUAAUCCUUAUAGCACUAAAACUAUUACUAUUCCAUCAAUCAUUAAAUUCCUCUUUGGAAAAUGCUAAAAAUUAUACUUUAAACACUUGUCCAACAAUAGAUACUUAUGUAUCAAAUAUGAUUUCAUUUCCUCAUUAUAUUGCAAAAUCUUCAAAUUUUUUAAUCUUGAAAACUAUUGAUGAAAUUAAUGAAAAAACCCUGGAUGGGUUAGGACUUAUCUUAACAGGUGCUGAAAAUUUAAUUAUAUUUGCAUUAGAUAUGAUUAUUGGUACUUAUGCUUGUAUAUUAGUUUCUACAAUUGAUGGUGCAGUGGAUGUUGCUGUUAAUUCUACUGAACAUAUCAUUGGUUGGGUUAAUGAUUCUCUUGUUGAUAUAACUGAUGAUAUUGAAGAUGGUUUAACUGAUAUUUCCAAGUUGGUAAAUAAAGCUGUUGAUGCAGCUGAAAAAGUUAAAGAUUUUUUCGAUGGUGAUGAUUCAAAAAAUGAUACAGAUGCUUUUAAACAUGUUAAUUUAAGUAUUGAUGCUUUGAAAAAUUUAAAUAUUCCAAGUUCAAUAAAUUCAAAAUUAGAUGAAUUAAAAGAUAAAACACCUGAUUUUGAAGAAGUUAAAAAUAAAACUGAAAAUUUAAUUAAAACUCCAUUUGAAAUGAUUAGAGAAAAAUUAUCAAAUACCACAGUUAUGAAUACCCAGGGGGAUGAACUUUUCGUACCUGAAUUGAAAACUGUAACUAUAUGUUCUGAUAAUAGUGAUAAAAUAAAUAAAUUUUAUCAUGAUUUAUCAAAAGAUAUUACAAUAAUGGUUAAAAUAUUCGUUGCAUUAUUAGUAAUUGGUUCAAUUAUGGCAUUAAUACCAAUAAUUUGGGAAGAAUUUAGAUUAUGGAGACGUUUAAGAUUAUUAGAGAAAAAUGUCCAAAAUAAUUCUGAUCCAAUUGAAAUUUAUGAUCAAACUUUUAAUAAAAUUCCAUCAAUGAUUGGUUUGAAAACUUCCAAUUUAAUAACAACUGAAAAUUCAUUACAAUUGAAAAUUCGUUGGUUAAUUUCAUAUAUAUUAUCAUCAAGAGCUUUAAUCUUAUUAGGGAUAGCAAUGGCUGGUAUCUUAGCUGUGAUAUUACAAUUCAUAAUCCUUUCAAUAUUAAUUAAAUCAAUGAAUAAGGCAAAUUCUCCAUUUGAUGAUAUAACAAAUUCAAUAACUACUCAUAUUGAUGAUUCAAUAACUGAAUGGACAGAUUCAACAAAUGAUUAUUUACAAAAUAAAGAAACUGAUAUAAAUGAAGAUUUAUUUAAAUGGGUUAAAAUUGCAACGGAUUCUGUUAAUGAUACAAUUUCAACUUUUGUUGAAGAUAUGAAUGAUGCUAUAAGUACUGCUUUUAAUGGUACUAUCUUAUAUAACCCUGUUAAAACUAUUGUUGGUUGUGUUAUUGAAAAUAAAUUAAUUAAAAUUGAAAAAGGUUUGACUUGGAUUCAUGAUAAUGCUGAAAUUUCUUUACCUAGAGUUGAAGAUGAAUAUUUAACUCAAGCUUGGUCAAAUGAAACUACAAAUGGUACACAAGGUGAUAUUGGUGGGAUAACUAAUAAGGCAAGUGGAAUGAUCUCUAAAACUGAAGAUUUAAUGAGUUCAAUGUUGAAAACUUUAAUUAAACAAUAUAAAAAAAGUUUGAUGUUUGAAUUAUAUAUAUCAUUAGUAUUAUUAGGUCUUUGGUUUUUACAAUUUAUAAUUGGUUUAUUAAUGUUAUGGAUUAAUCAAACUUGGUUUAAUAAAAAUCAACAACCCACUGGGAUUUUACAAAUUGGUUAUCCAAGACAAUUAACUGAAGAUGAACAAAAAUUAUAUGGAUAUCCAUUAACUUCAAAUUUAAAAGUUAUAAACCUUUCAAAUCAAGAAAAACAAAUGUAUGAUGAUAAUCCAUUCAAUGAUAAUAAUCAAUUAAAUGAAAAACCAAAAUCAUCAUAUGAAAUGAAAAACCCAUUCCUAGAUGAAAAAUAUUCAUACAAUGAUAAUGGUAUAAUACCAAAUCAAGAUUCUGAUGAUGAUGAUAAAUCAACAUUAACUGAACUACCCACAAGAAGAACAACAAGACAUCUAACACCUAAUCCAUUUGAUGAAGCUGAUUAUGCAGAUAAUGUUAGUAAUGUAUUGAGUAGAUCAAGUAGGUAUAGUAGAUAUGAUAAUGAUGAAAAAAAUGAUUUAGGUUAUAAUAAUAGGUUUUAA